AUGUUGGCUGCGCAGAACGGCCAUGCGAAUGUGGUCAAAGUCUUUCUCGAAUUUGGCGUUGAUCCUAAUCCACGGACCGGAUUCCACAAGAUGAGUACCUGUUUUGGGAAUCCGUUGACUGCGGCAGCAGAAAACGGCCACGAAGAAGUGGUUAGAGUGCUCGCCGAUAAUGGAGUCGAUCUUGAAUUCACCGAUAUAUAUCGAUACAAUGUCAUCGCGGACGACGAUAGCAUAAUCGGCCAGCCUCUAUUCUUGGCUACGCUGAACAAGCACAUUCCGGUUGUCAAGCUCCUCCUUGAAAGAGGGUGUAAUCCUCAUGAGCUUGGCCCUCAAGGUGACUCGGCAGCUUCCUGUGCGGCGUCGCUGGAUUUUGACCUCUUUCAAAUGUUCAUGAAGGCAAAGCCAGAUCUCAAAUUGACCGAUUACGUCCCGAACCCGCUUCAGAGUGCAAUUCAUAGUGGCAAUACAGCGGUCGCUGAGUUCCUCCUCAAAGAAGAACCGAGUCUCUUGCCAUCGGGUAUCGGCGCAUUUCAACUCUUUAAUUUGGUCGCGCCUCACUCUCCUGAUUUUGCCAAGCUCCUGUUGGAGCGAAUUGAUGUGGAUGAAGCAAUUCGAAGGGGCCGCCGGGAUGAAUACAGACAUCUCGUGCUUGGAGCAGCAGCAGCAGGCUUGGAAGACCUGAUGAAACAUCUAAAGGAAGGUGGCUGCCUUUCCCAGCGGACUCCAGAUCAAGAGCUACAUCAGCCCCUUUGCGCAGCCAUUAGAGGAGGUCGAGUUGGGAUGGUGAAGCUGUUGCUGGAUUAUGGAGCAGACCCAAAUAGCCAGCGCUCACAUCCCUUGGAAGAAGUCAUGGAGUGCCCCGUACCUCGCACAGAGGAGCUUUCCAAAAUUACAGUGCUUCUGCUUCAGAUAGGCUCCAGGCUGCCACCGGAUGACGACCUUGAUGUUGCCUUCAAUCAUGAUGCUUUGCACUCUUUCGAAACCCUCGACGUGUUCAAGUGCUUACUCGAGCAGUACUUUCCUCAAGGCGACGAAGAAGUGGAUGAGGAGGUAGAUGAAGAAGUUGAAGACAUCCUUGAAGAUGCUGUGGAUCGAGGCGAGGAUGCCUUUGAGCUUGUGCUGUCACACUUCAAGAUCAAACUUCGACCGGGCAAUGAGGGACACCACAAGGCCCUCGUUUCAGCUGCAGUCCAGGGUAACGCCGCUAUCAUGAAGAAAUUCUCGGAUGCUGGGUUUGAUGUGGACUCCCCCGAGAUUAUUUCCUCCCUCUUGGUUGAGAAUGAGUUUGAUUAG